UUUACCUUUCAGACUAGAGAACAAAGUACACAGGAGAGACACCUGUGACAUACAUUAUUUUGGAUACACAAUUCUGGGAAUAUUAUUGUCAACACCAAAGGGCCUAAAUCUAGCGAAACAACUACCUGGGUGGGUGAACAAACGUGGAGGAACUGGGCUCUGAGGAUUUAAUGGAUACUGUUUGCCAAAUGGAUUGUACCUGAAGUCGGAGAGAAGGUUGUCAACGGAACUACCAGCCAGGACUCCAUUUUGGAGAAACGGCAGCUGAUCACCAUGGAGCCCCCCGGAGGACUCCCAGUGCCCGUUGAUGUUCUGGGAGAGAAUGAAGCAUUGCAGCAGUUCUUUGACGGAUGCCAGGAUAUGAGUGGGGUCCUGGAGAGUGCGGUGGUGGACACCAGCACACUGGAACAGUACCUCAACAACGACAUGGACCCAACAUUCAUGUUACCAGAGUCACCACCAGAUUCUGGUUCAGAACCGUGUUCACCUCCGCUAAUACCAGACGUGAGCUACGGCUACCAGGAAGUCUUCCAGACAGUAACACGUCCUCCAGCCUCAUCGUGCCGAUAUAAAGAGCUGGCACCACAACCCCCACCACAACCAGGACUGCCAUACCACCAGGGGCUGACUAACUCUUACACCAAGGCAGGCACAUCUCCAGGCUCACUGCCCCACAACCCCCCCCUCCACCACCCCCACUACCUGAGCCCAGGGGAGAGCUAUAUACAGGCUAACACUGCCACCACACCACCCGUCCACCACAAGGCUCUCCAGCAGCAUCAGCCUCCUCCACGCCAGGGCCUGGCAGACAGCUACCCCAGGGCCAACGCACCCCCGGUCUCAGAACUACCUCCAGGCCAAGCCCCAUACCUAGCCCCAGGCCUCAGGCUGCCCUCAUCCUGCCUACUACCUGUGCCUGGAUGCCCUUCAGAACCAGGAUAUUCAUACCUGCCUCCCACAGCUGGUCAACACACAGGGCUUAUAUUACCUGACUGUAGGAAGAGAAGACUAACAGAACCCCUUGAGGUACAGAACCAUUUAGUGGCUGUUCCUAUAACAGGGGGCUCUGAGAGGGGAGGCGGUGACGUCCCGUCCUAUGACAGUGACGGGGCCACAGAGAGCCGCUCUGGGAUGGGGACCUAUCAGCUCCUCACCUGGGAUCGCUACCAGCCUGGCCUGUGGACACCGCUCUACAACAGUAACUAUGACAUCCUGUGAGUGUCCUUCUGCCUUGACGUUCCCUCACUCUUCACCAAGGCUCAUGCCUUCUAAACUGCCUGUCUUAGUCUCUAAACUCAAAGGCUAUUCAACUAACGCUACAUUCUUUUAAGGGACUGGUUUUUGUUCAAGUUAAACGCAGGGGGAGCAAAUAUUUUUCACUUUCUAUGUCUGACAAUGUCAUAACUCAUCAGUAACAUCUUUGUCAUUUGUUAGCCAGCAGUAAAAUGGUUUUAGUCAUGAGUCAUUGUAAACAAACCCCAUUUGGUUCAAUUAUAGACUUAAAUGGACACAAUUGACUCCUACUGUAUGUUAUUCUUAUCGUACUUGGUCAUUCAUAAUUAUAAACUGGGUGGUUUGAGCCCUGAAUGCUGAUUGGCUGAAAGCUGUGGUAUUUCAGACCGUAU